AUGCCGGCGGCCAACAUGAUGGAGAGCCUGCAGCCGCCCGCCCUGCAGGUGCCCGAGCCGCGGGGCGCGCCCGAGGGCAGCCGGGUCUGGUCCAGCUCGUCGACCCCCACGCUCCGCCGCCGGCGCUUCAAGAUGCGCCGCACCAAGAAUGUGCAGGAGCCGAGCCUGGAGGCCGGGCUGAGCCGGGACCUGCCCGGCGUCUUGGCCCCGGGCAAGGAGUUUCUGCAGCUGCCGUCCAUCGAGAUCACGCCCUCCAGCGACGAGGACACCCCGUGGUCCAACUGCUCCACGCCCAGCGCUUCCCCGCGCCGCAAACGCUUCCUCCUCCGCAAGUGGCUGCGGGUGAGUGAGCGGAAGGAGUGCAGCGAAAGCAGGUACAGCCAGUCUCAGAGCAGCCAGCAGAGCAGCCAUGACGAUGACUCUAGCAGGUUCCUGAGUCCUCGGGUGCGGGAAGAAAGCACUGCCAGUAACUCCAACCGCAGCACGCCGGCCUGCUCCCCCAUCCUCCGGAAGCGGUCUCGCUCGCCACCCCCUCAGAACCCGGACGGAGACAGCAUGGUGGAGAAGGGCUCAGACCACUCCUCGGACAAGUCCCCGUCCACGCCGGAGCAGGGUGUGCAGCGCAGCUGCCCCUCGCAGUCCGGCCGCAGCGGUGGCAAGAACUCCAAGAAAAGCCAGAGUUGGUAUAAUGUGUUAAGCCCCACUUACAAGCAGAGAAAUGAAGACUUCAGAAAGCUCUUUAAGCAACUUCCAGACUCGGAGCGCCUCAUCGUUGAUUACUCCUGCGCGCUCCAAAGAGACAUUCUCCUUCAGGGCCGACUCUACCUCUCUGAGAACUGGAUCUGCUUCUACAGCAACAUCUUCCGCUGGGAGACUCUGCUGACCGUUCGUUUGAAAGACAUCUGCUCCAUGACUAAAGAGAAAACAGCCCGCCUCAUUCCCAAUGCCAUCCAAGUUUGCACUGACUCGGAAAAGCACUUUUUCACUUCAUUUGGGGCCCGGGAUAGGACGUAUAUGAUGAUGUUCCGGCUCUGGCAGAAUGCUCUCCUGGAAAAGCCCCUGUGCCCCAAGGAGCUCUGGCACUUCGUUCACCAGUGCUACGGGAAUGAGCUGGGCCUGACCAGCGAUGACGAGGACUACGUGCCCCCCGAUGACGACUUCAACACGAUGGGCUACUGUGAGGAGAUCCCUGUAGAGGAGAAUGAAGUGAAUGACAGCUCAUCCAAAAGCAGCAUAGAGACCAAGCCGGAUGCCAGUCCACAGCUGCCCAAGAAGUCCAUCACCAACAGCACGCUGACAUCCGCGGGGAGCAGCGAAGCGCCCGUCUCGUUUGACGGCCUGCCCCUGGAGGAGGAGGUGCUGGAGGGCGACGGGUCCCUGGAGAAGGAGCUCGCCAUCGACAGCAUCAUUGGGGAGAAGAUUGAGAUCAUCGCGCCCGUGAGCCCCCCUUCGCUAGACUUCAACGACGAGGACAUCCCCACCGAGCUCAGUGACUCUUCCGACACCCACGAUGAAGGGGAGGUCCAGGCCUUCUACGAGGACCUGAGUGGCCGGCAGUACGUGAAUGAAGUCUUCAACUUCAGCGUGGACAAGCUGUACGACCUCCUGUUCACCGACUCGCCCUUCCAGCGGGACUUCAUGGAACAGCGACGCUUCUCAGAUAUCAUCUUCCAUCCGUGGAAGAAGGAAGACAAUGGAAACCAGAGCCGAGUAAUUCUUUACACCAUCACCCUUACCAACCCUCUGGCUCCCAAAACUGCCACUGUCAGGGAGACACAGACCAUGUACAAGGCGAGCCAGGAGAGCGAGUGCUACGUGGUCGACGCCGAGGUCCUCACGCACGACGUGCCGUAUCACGACUACUUCUAUACCAUCAACCGCUACACCCUGACCCGCGUGGCCCGGAACAAGAGUCGACUCAGGGUCUCCACAGAGCUGCGCUAUCGCAAGCAGCCCUGGGGGCUGGUGAAAACGUUCAUCGAGAAGAACUUCUGGAGCGGGCUGGAGGAUUACUUCCGCCACUUGGAGAGCGAGCUGACCAAAACGGAGAGCACCUACCUGGCUGAGCUGCACAGACAGUCUCCCAAGGAGAAGGCCAGUAAGGCCCCGUCGGUGCGGAGGAGGAAGCGUCCCCAUGCCCACCUGCGGGUGCCCCACCUGGAAGAGGCGAUGAGCCCCGUGACCACACCCACCGAUGAAGAUGUGGGCCACAGGAUCAAGCACGUGGCAGGUUCCACGCAGACCCGGCACAUCCCCGAGGACAGCCCCAACGGUUUCCACCUGCAGAGUGUGUCCAAGCUACUGCUGGUUAUCAGCUGUGUUCUGGUGCUGCUGGUCGUCCUCAACAUGAUGCUAUUCUACAAACUCUGGAUGUUGGAAUAUACCACCCAGACCCUCACUGCCUGGCAGGGUCUGAGGCUCCAGGAAAGGUUACCCCAGUCUCAGACAGAGUGGGCCCAGCUCUUAGAGUCCCAGCAAAAGUACCACGAUACCGAGCUCCAAAAAUGGAGGGAGAUCAUCAAAUCCUCGGUGAUGCUUCUUGACCAGAUGAAGGACUCACUCAUCAAUCUUCAGAACGGCAUCAGGGCCCGUGACUACACGUCAGAAAGCGAAGAGAAGAGGCACCGCUAUCACUGACAAGGCAGGAGCGGGGGCAGCGGCAGGAGGCCUGUGCAAUACGUGUACAUAGACCAUAUAAAUAUAUGUGUAUAAAUAGAGAAAGAAUAUAAAUAUAUAUAUUAUAUACAGAUUUU